UUUUCUUUGACUGUCUAAAACAUAUAUGUUCCUUUUAGUUUUUUAGUGACUUAAAAAUAAAGUUUUUGUUCUUUUUGAAUGUUGCUAAUUUUGAGUAAAAUUUCCCCUUCUUUUCUUUCAAUAGAAUUGUUUUAAGUAUUACAUGAGUGAUGACAUUAGCCGUGACUCAGAUGGAAUGGAUGAGCAAUGUAGAUGGUGUGCAGAAGGUGGAAACUUGAUUUGUUGUGACUUUUGCCAUAAUGCCUUCUGCAAGAAGUGCAUUCUGCGCAAUCUUGGUCGAAAGGAGUUAUCUACAAUAAUGGAUGAAAAUAACCAAUGGUAUUGCUACAUUUGUCACCCAGAACCUUUAUUGGACUUGGUCACUGCAUGUAACAGUGUAUUUGAGAAUUUAGAACAGUUGUUGCAACAAAAUAAGAAGAAGAUAAAAGUUGACAAUGAAAAGAGUAGUAAAGUAUGUGAUCAUGCACCCAAAUUUUCUCCAAAGAAGAAUAGUACAAAUUGUAAUGGAGAAGAUAAGAAAUUAGAUGAUUCAUGUUCUGGUUCUGUAACCUACUCUUAUUCUGCACUAAUUGUGCCCAAAGAGAUGAUUAAGAAGGCUAAAAAACUGAUUGAGACUACAGCCAACAUGAAUUCUAGUUAUAUUAAGUUUUUGAAGCAGGCAACAGAUAACUCGGAAAUCAGUUCUGCUAUGAAAUUACGUCAGCUGAAGGCUUUUAAAUCUGUGUUGGCUGACAUCAAGAAGGCUCAUUUUGCAUUAGAAGAAGAUUUGAAUACUGAGAUUCGAGCUUUGGAUGUAUUACACAAAGAAAAAAAUACCAAAGAGUAUAAAGUCAUGGAUGCUAAGUCUGAAACAAAAGUACGAAAAGGAGAAAAACCCUGUUCUUUGGAAAAGAAGGAUCUUUCAAAGUCAGAAGUUAAACCAUCAAGAAAACAGGUAGAUAGUGAGCACAUAGAUCAGAGUGGUGCACCAGCAGAGGAACAACGAGCAAAUAAAAGUACCAGUGGUGAACACAAGAAGUCUGACAGAAAAGAAGAACCUCAAUAUGAGCCUGCUAAUACUUCUGAAGACUUAGACAUGGAUAUUGUGUCUGUUCCUUCUUCAGUGCCAGAAGACAUUUUUGAGAAUCUUGAGACUGCUAUGGAAGUUCAGAGUUCAGCUGAUUAUCAAGUUGAUGGCAAGAGUAGAACCGAGCAAGAACUGGAGAGCUCAUCGGUAAAACUAAAUGCUCCUUCAAAAGACAACAGAGGAGGUAUUAAGUCCAAAACCACAGCUAAAGUAACAAAAGAAUUAUAUGUUAAACUCACUCCUGUUUCACUUUCUAAUUCUCCAAUUAAAGGUGGUGAUUGCCAGGAAGUUCCACAAGAUAAAGAUGGUUGUAAAAGUUCUGGUCUGAACCCCAAGUUAGAAAAAUGUGGACCUGGGCAGGAAAACAGUGAUAGUGAGCAUUUAGUUCAAAAUGAAGUUCCAUUACUUUUAGAAGAAUCUGAUCUUCGAAGAUCUCCACGAGUAAAGACUACCCCUUUAAGGCGACAGACAGAAAUAAGCCUUGUAACAUCUAAUUCAGAUGAGGAAAGUAAUGAAACAGUUAAGGACAAACAAAAAUUGUUAGUUCCAAUUAAAAAAAAGGAUAAGCGAAAUUCUUCUGACAGUGCUAUAGAUAAUCCUAAACCUAACAAAUUGCCUAAAUCUAAGCAAUCAGAGAUUGUGGAUCAGAAUUCAGAUUCUGAUGAAAUGCUGGCAAUCCUCAAAGAGGUAAGCAGAGUGAGUCAUAGUUCUUCAGACACUGACAUUAAUGAACCUCAUACCAAUCUUAAGACUUUGUAUAGUUUAAAAACCCAAACAGGGAAAGAUGAUAAAGGAAAAAGAAAACGGAAAAGUUCUACUUCUGGGUCAGAAUUUGAUAUUAAAAAAGGCAAAUCGGCUAAAAGCUCUAUAAUCUCUAAAAAGAAACGCCAAAACCAGUCUGACUCUUCUAAUUAUGACUCAGAGUUAGAAAAAGAGAUAAAAAGCAUGAGUAAAAUAGGGGUUGCCAGAACAACCAAAAAAAGAGUUCCAAAUAAAAAAGAUUAUGAUUCUUCCGAAGAUGAAAAGCAUAGCAAAAAAGGAACUGAUAGUCAAGGACCAAAAAGUAUGAAGACUGCACAAGAGGGAUCGUCUGAUGAUGCUGAGAGAAAGCAAGAGAAAAAGUCUCUGUCUUCAGCAGAAGGUGCAGUUGAGAGAGACAAGGCCUUCACAGGAUUAAAAGAUCGACCUUUGAAGAAGCAGAUGCCACGUGUUUCCUCUGAUGGUGCUGAUAAGCUGCCUUCUGGCAAAGAGGAGAGUUUAAAUUCCCCAGAAGACAAAAUUAUUUCUAAAACUAAAGAAAAGAAUAAGCACCUGAAAACCAAAACAUGUAAAAAAGUACAGGGUGGCCUAUCUGAUGCUGUUGACAAAUUCCCAAAGAAAGAGCAGAGUGAUGAAUCCUCUGAAGAUGAUAAAAAGCAGAUCAAAAAGGAAAGUGAAGAAAAAGAAAAGAAAACUACAGACUUGAAGAAAAAAGUAAUUAAGAUAGAAUCACAGUAUGAAUCAUCGUCAUCUGAUGGUAUUGAGAAAUUACCUGAGGGAGAAGAUUGUCAGUAUACUAAAAUCAUAACACAAAGUAAGAAUGAUAUAACUGAUGGUGAAAAAAAAGGCAAAAAACUAAAAGAUAAAGUGUCUAAAAAGAAGGACGAAUUAUCUGAUAAUGUUGAGAAAUUACCAGGGAAAGGGGAUAGUUGUGACUCUUCAGAAGAUAAAAGGAGUAAGACUAGAGCAUCUGCUAGAGAAAAGAAAAAAUGCAUUUUGCCUCAAAAAGGUCCAAGGAAGAGACAAGAGUGUUCAUCAUCCGAUACUGAGAAAUAUUCCGUGAAAGAAGAUGGUUGUGACUCUUCUGAAAAGAGACUGAAAAGAAUAGAAUUGAGGGAAAGACGAAAUUUGAAUUCAAAGAGAAAUACUAAGGAAAUACAAAUUUGCUCAUCAUCUUCUGAUGCCGAGGAAAGUUCUGAAGACAAUAAAAAGCAGAAGAAACCAAGAACUUCAGCUAAAAAGAAGGCUGGCAAUAUCAAGGAGAAAAAGAGAAACUCCCUAAGAACGAGCAUUAAAAGGAAGCAAGCGGACAUUACUUCCUCAUCUUCAGAUAUAGAGGAUGAUGAUCAGAAUUCUAUAGGCGAGGGGAGCAGUGAUGAACAGAAAAUUAAGCCUGUGACUGAAAGUUUAGUGCUCUCUUCCCACACUGGAUUUUGCCAAUCUUCAGGAGAUGAAGCCUUAUGUAAAUCAGUGCCUGUCACAAUGGAUGACGACGACGACGACAAUGAUCCUGAGAAUAGAAUUGCCAAGAAGAUGCUUUUAGAAGAAAUUAAAGCCAAUCUUUCCUCUGAUGAUGAAGGAUCUUCAGAUGAUGAACCAGAAGAAGAGAAAAAGAGAAAUGGAAAACCAAAUGAAGAAAACCCAGGAUAUGAGGAAGCAAAAAAUCAAGACAAUUCCGAAUCUGAUUCAGAUUCUGAAGAAUCUAAGAAGCCAAGAUACAGACAUAGGCUUUUGCGGCACAAACUGGCUGUGAGUGAUGGAGAAUCUGGAGAAGAAAAAAAGACAAAGCUUAAAGAGCAUAAAGAAGCUAAGGGUAGAAAUAGAAGAAAAGUGAGCAGUGAAGAUUCAGAAGAUUCUGAUUUUCAGGAAUCGGGAGUUAGUGAAGGAGUUAGUGAAUCUGAAGAUGAACAGCGUCCUAGAACAAGGUCUGCAAAGAAAGCAGAAUUGGAAGAAAACCAGCGGAGUUAUAAACAAAAAAAGAAAAGACGACGUAUUAAGGUUCAAGAGGAUUCAUCCAGUGAAAAUAAAAGUAAUUCUGAAGAAGAAAAAAAGGAAGACGAAGAGGAUGAAGAGGAGGAGGAGGAAGAUGAAAAUGAUGAUUCUAAGUCUCCUGGAAAAGGCAGAAAGAAAAUUCGGAAGAUUCUUAAAGAUGAUAAACUAAGAACAGAAACACAAAAUGCUCUUAAAGAAGAAGAAGAGAGGCGAAAACGUAUUGCUGAGAGGGAGCGUGAGCGAGAGAAAUUGAGAGAGGUGAUAGAAAUUGAAGAUGCCUCACCCACCAAGUGUCCCAUAACAACCAAGUUGGUUUUAGAUGAAGAUGAAGAAACCAAAGAACCUUUAGUGCAGGUUCAUAGAAACAUGGUUAUAAAACUGAAACCCCAUCAAGUAGAUGGCGUUCAGUUUAUGUGGGAUUGUUGCUGUGAAUCUGUAAAAAAAACAAAGAAAUCUCCAGGUUCGGGAUGUAUUCUUGCCCACUGUAUGGGCCUUGGUAAGACUUUACAGGUGGUAAGUUUUCUUCACACAGUUCUUUUGUGUGACAAAUUGGACUUUAGUACAGCUUUAGUGGUUUGUCCUCUUAAUACUGCUUUGAACUGGAUGAAUGAAUUUGAGAAGUGGCAAGAGGGAUUAAAAGAUGAUGAGAAGCUUGAGGUCUCCGAAUUAGCCACUGUGAAACGUCCUCAGGAGAGAAGUUACAUGCUUCAGAGGUGGCAAGAGGAUGGUGGUGUUAUGAUCAUAGGGUAUGAGAUGUACAGAAAUCUUGCUCAAGGAAGGAAUGUGAAGAGUCGGAAACUUAAAGAAAUAUUCAAUAAAGCUUUGGUUGAUCCAGGCCCUGACUUUGUUGUGUGUGAUGAAGGCCAUAUUCUUAAAAAUGAAGCGUCUGCUGUUUCAAAAGCUAUGAAUUCUAUACGAUCAAGGAGGAGAAUUAUUUUAACAGGAACACCACUUCAAAAUAACCUAAUUGAGUAUCAUUGCAUGGUUAACUUUAUCAAGGAAAAUUUGCUUGGAUCUAUUAAGGAGUUCAGGAAUAGAUUUAUAAAUCCAAUCCAAAAUGGUCAGUGUGCAGAUUCUACCAUGGUAGAUGUCAGAGUGAUGAAAAAACGUGCUCAUAUUCUCUAUGAGAUGUUAGCUGGAUGUGUGCAGAGGAAAGAUUAUACAGCAUUAACAAAGUUCUUGCCUCCGAAACAUGAGUAUGUUUUGGCUGUGCGAAUGACUGCUAUUCAGUGCAAGCUCUAUCAAUACUACUUAGAUCACUUAACAG